UUCUGUGAUUUUGCAAUAAAUACUGCCACUGUUCCACUAUUAAAAUAUAUCGGGUACUGAAAGUGUCCGCUGCAAUAAUGGUGCUCGCGUCGCAAGAAGUUCCACAGCUUCGUUUCCGAGGCAAUGGCUACCUUCAUCUCGUUUACCUUGUUUCUUUGCCGAGUUCCGAGUGAGAUAAACUUUCGAAGAACGAUUGCGGACAAGUUUUUAAUCUUUGACUUCAGGAAUAACGUUAUGGCUGGGGAAGUGAUUGUCGAUGCCUUGCCGUAUAUCGACCAAGGGUACGAUGAACCUGGUGUUAGAGCAGCGGCACUGGCAAUGGUGGAGGAAGAAACCAGGAGGUAUAGGCCGACUAAAAAUUACUUAGAACAUUUACCUGUAUUGAAUAUAAACGCAUUUGAAACGGAAGUCAUGAAACAUGAAUUUGAAAGAAUGCAAAAUCGUCUUCCGAUGGAAGUUCUAAGUAUGAAACGGUAUGAAUUACCUCCACCUCUACCUGGCAAAAUGAAUGACCUUUCUGCAUGGAACGAAAGCGUGGAGAACAGUAGCGCGCAACUGGAGCACCAAUCCACUAGAAUUUGUAACUUGGAAUUGAUGAUGGACUAUGGCUGUGAAGCAUGGAAAUCCUAUUUAGAAGUUUUAGUUCAAUUGGUUGGUCAAGCACAAAAGCAGUUACAAUUGUUAAGGAAAAAAAUACAAGAAGUUAAUUGGCAAAGGAAAUCUAUGCAAACACAAGGAGGAGAAAAACUGAGAGCACUGGAAGCUCAGUGGGUUGGUCUAGUGUCUAAGAAUUACGAAAUCGAACAAGCAUGUGUCCACUUGGAAGAAGAGAUACAGAAAUCAAUCUCUUUAAAAAAAGAAGCCAUUGAAAUUAGUGACGUUCCUGGGAAAGAAGCAGAACCUGGAUACCCAGAAAAGAGUGCAACCGAAACGAUGGCUCAGGAAAUCGUGCUUCGCGAAGCCAUUCAAGAAAAUUGAAAUAUUGAGCACCCAGUUUCUUUAAAUGUGAUCAUAAAACAAUGUAAAUUCAUACUGUAAAUAUCUAGCGGAAGACCAUCUUAGUUUAUUUUAAACGAAAAGAUGGACCUUUUCCAGAAUGUGAUCUCAGACUGCUCAUUACAAGCGCCAUUUGUCAUAAAUUGCAAACAUCAAUAAAGUACAAUUCGCUUUAAUCAUAA